AUGACGAAUACAAAUAAAUUAAAUAAAGCUCUUUGGACAAAUAUUACUCAACUUAAAUUAUCGAAUAAAGAAGGCUCAUCAGUAAGAUUUUUACUUGAUAAAUCACCUUUUGAUGAAAAUGAUGAUGAUGAAACUUCAAUGAAAAGCACUGAAUAUGUUAUCAUUGGACGCAUAUUACCAAACUCGGAUAUAUUUAAAGAAAGUGCAUUUCAAAUAGAAAUAAAAUUAACAUCAAAUUAUCCAUUUGAACCUCCUGAAGUUAGAUUUUUAACUCCGAUUUAUCAUCCAAAUAUUGAUAAAGAUGGUAAAUUUUGUCAUCCACUACUAACAAAAACUACAAGAUGGAAACAUGGAACAACUUUAAUUGAUGUUGUUAAAGCUGUUGUUGAACAUAUUGAUAAUCCAGAUAUUGAUUACUCGGUCAAUGCUGGACUCGACGAUGAUUUAUCGGAUUCGGUACCGCCUACUCGACCAUGUAAUUGGGUGCCAAUUCGUGAACAGUAUCUUUGUCAACCUCGACGAUUGAAAAUUAUUACAAUCGGGGCAGGCUUCUCUGGUUUGACACUGGCAUAUAAGGUUCAAAAUCAAUGCAAACUUGAUGAUAGAAUAGAGCAUGUCAUUUAUGAGAAAAAUCCCGAUAUCGGUGGCACGUGGUAUCAGAAUCGAUAUCCAGGUGUUGGAUGCGAUAUUCCAGCUCACAUAUACUCCUUUAUUUGGGAACCAAAUCCCGAUUGGAGUUCGUUCUGUGUCGGUGGUCCCGAAAUUUUCACUUAUAUCAAACGAACGGCGGACAAAUACAAUUUAACAAAAAAUAUUCAGUUCAACUCUAAAGUGGUUGAAGCACAAUGGAAUGAAGCGGAUGGUAAAUGGCACAUCAAGAUCGAACAGAAUGGUAAAAUUAUUCGCGAUAUAGGGGAUUUACUUAUCAAUGCAUGCGGAGUUUUCAACACAUGGAAAUGGCCUGAUGUUGAUGGAUUGAACGACUUUCAAGGGCAUCUCGUGCACUCUGCUCAAUGGAAGGAUGGAUACGAUUUUCAAGGGAAAAAUGUUGGUCUCAUUGGUAACGGUGCAUCUGCAAUUCAAAUUCUUCCAAAAAUUCAACCUUUUGCGGCUCAUGUCACUUGUUUUGUUCGAAAUCCGACUUGGAUCAGUCCUCCUAUUUUGGCGGAAUUUGCAAAAUCUGACGGACAGAAUAUUGAAUAUACCGAAGAACAAAAGGCUGAAUUCCGAUCUAAUCCAAAAAAGUUAUUAGAAAUGCGAAAAACACUCGAGCAUGCUAUGAACAAAUUUUUUGGUGUAUAUAUCAAAGAUUCGGAGCAUCAGCUUAUGGCUCAGAAAUCUUUGAAGGAAUUCAUGUUGCAAUAUCUUCAGAAGAGUGAAGAACUUGCUACACUGCUGAUUCCUCAAUGGAGUGUUGGAUGUCGACGAAUUACACCUAAUAACCAAUACUUGGAAGCAAUCAUUCAGACAAAUGUGACUGUGAAAAUGUGCAGUAUUGAUCGUUUUACUAAAACUGGUCUACAGACCGCUAACAAUGAACAUUACGAGUUAGAUGCCAUCAUCUGUGCGACGGGUUUUGACGUUUCUUACUGUCCUCCUUUAAAACUCAUUGGGAGUGAUGGAGUAGAUCUCGCACAGACAUGGAAGACUAAUCCUGCCGGUUACUUUGGAAUUGCAGCUCAUGGCUUUCCUAAUUAUUUCAUUUUCAUUGGUCCAAAUACUCCGGUAGCUCAGUCUAGUCUCACUUCUUGUAUAGACUGGGAGGCAGAUUACAUUCUUAAAUGGGCCAAAAAGAUUCAAGAAGAAGAUAUUCAUUCUGUUGAUGUUACGCAAGGUGCUGUUGAUGACUUUAACUCUUAUGCACAAGAAUUUAUGGAACGAACUGUCUGGAAAGAGCACUGUCGCAGUUGGUACAAGAGUGGAAAGGUUAACGGCAAUGUUACAGCUCCCUAUCCUGGUUCAGCUCUACAUUACAAAGAGAUGCUUGAUGAACUACGCCCAGAGGACUUUGACAUCAAGUAUAACACUAGAAAUCGUUUCUCAUUCAUGGGUAAUGGCUUUACAAAACGAGAGUCACUUGGAGAAGAUCUCUCGUACUAUCUCGAGAAAUAA